CCGAAUCAAUUGUUUUUGUUGUAGCUGUGUAGGUAGGAAGUAAAAUGGUGACAAAUAAAUUUUCCUUAUUGUGAGUGGAAUUUAGUCGUAUAUUCACCGAAUAAAAUAAAGAUAAAUACUUUUUAUUUCAACGUGGGGAUGUAUGGAUUUCACCAAAAAGCUGGUUAAGAAGCGCAGCAAGACGCGACUGGCCAUGGACAUGAUGUUGGAGGCUUAUUUGACCCACGACCUUCAGUCACGCGAUCCGGAAGACAUUCCCCGCACCAAGGAACCCGUCUGGAUACUCGGCAAGCAAUACAACGCUAUCAAUGAUCUGGAAGAAAUACGUAGAGACAUUCACUCUCGGCUGUGGUUCUCGUAUCGGAAGGGCUUCGUCCAGAUUGGUGACUCUGGUCUGACGUCUGACAAAGGUUGGGGCUGCAUGUUACGCUGUGGACAGAUGCUGAUUGGACAAGCCUUGUUGUUUCUACAUCUUGGUCGAGACUGGAGGUGGUCGCCUCAGUGUAGAGACAGAGCCUACCUCAGGAUACUCCGUAUGUUUGAGGACCGACGGACAGCUCCAUACUCCAUACACCAGAUAGCACUAAUGGGUGCAUCUGAGGGAAAGUCUGUCGGCGAAUGGUUUGGACCUAACACCGUUGCACAAGUACUUAGAAAACUGUCUGCCUACGAUGAGUGGAGCUCUGUUGCGUUCCAUGUCGCCAUGGAUAACACCGUUGUCAUCAAUGAUGUCAGACAGUUGUGCACUUCGGAGACCCAGAGGUCAGAUGUACGACGGCGAGCUCGUAGUUGGAAACCUCUUGUAUUGGUCGUUCCUUUAAGACUCGGCAUCACGGACAUCAACCCUGUCUAUGUUCAGGCAAUCAAGGCUACUUUCACAUUCAAGCAAUCUCUUGGUGUCAUUGGUGGGAAACCAAAUCACGCUCUUUAUUUCAUUGGCUGUGUUGGCAAUGAUGUGAUAUUCCUUGACCCCCACACGACUCAGAGCAUAGGAGUGGUCAACGGUAAAGAACACCAACAUGAGUGGAAGAUGGACUCCUCUUACCAUUGCAAUCAGGCGAGCAGGCUACAUAUUCUUCAGAUGGAUCCUUCUGUGGCUGUGAGUUUCUUCUGUAGGACAGAGGCUGAGUUUGAUUCACUGUGUGAGCUCAUACGCAAACACAUGGUGACUCCGGACGGUCAAGCACUCAUAGAGUUGUCCGAGGAGAAGCAGGAACACUGGACACCUGUGGAUGAUACAGCAGCCGAUGCACUUGGGGCUACUGCUAUGUCGUUUUACCAUGAUCGUCAGUUUGACGAUUCCGAUGAUGACUUCGAGUUACUCGGCUAAAUCGUCCAGUUUACAUACUUCUGCUUGCAUAUAGUCAGUGCCUUUAUCAGCACGCUAACUGUAAAUAUGUCUGUAAAAAAAAUUAUACCUGUUUUCUUAUUAAAUAAAUCACUAUUAAAUUAUGUA